UAAUAAGGCUGCGAUCAGGAAAGCUCUCACCACAAUUCCGAGUGCGCAGCCAUGUCGUCCACCAACCUGCCGUCGUCCUUUGACGGAGAUACAGAAUUCUACGAAGAGAACCGAUGGCAAAAGCUGACCCGCAGGCUCAAAGAAGAGCCCCUCGUGCCUUUGGGAUGUGCUCUUACAUGUUGGGCACUUUACCAUGCCUCCAAGUCAAUCCGCUCUGGCGACCAACAACGCACGAACCGGAUGUUCCGCGCCCGUAUCUACGCCCAAGGUUUCACAAUCGUCGCCAUGGUUGCCGGCUCAAUGUACUGGAAAUCCGACCGCCAGAAGCGCAAGGAAUUUGAUGAGGUGGUGGCAGAGCGCAAGGCUAAGGAGAAGAACGACCUGUGGAUUAAGGAGCUAGAGGCGAGAGAUGAAGAGGAGAAAGAGAUCAGGGCUGAAAAGGAGAGAAGAUCGAAGCGUUUGUCUGAUAGAUUUGGGAAAGGCGAACAAUCUAAGGUGAUUGAUGAAGGAAAGAACCCGAUACUGGCGCAGGUGAGAGCCGCGGAAGGAAAGGACAGCGAGGAUGCAAGCUCGGUGGUUGAUGGGAAGGAGAAGAAGCAGAAGUCAACCCUGGAAUCCGUGAAGGAGAUGAUCAUGGGGAAGAAGUAAAGGCGGGGGAAAGGAACCUUGUUGUAUAUAUAUAAGUGGAAGCGGGACGGUUAUAUCUGGCGUUGGGCUGGAUUUGAGGGAAUGGAAUGGAAUGGAAUGGGAGAACAAUGUACAGUAACUGAACUCAACCUACUCGCAGCAACGCAUC